UCUGGACCAGACACACCCAAUUCCUGCCAUUAUUCUUCACUUACAGAAGAAGGGAAUGAGAAGCUGCCCACUGGGCCAAUGGAGGGCCUCCAGGUUUGGGCACAGAAUCCCGUAGUCUCGAGGGAUCUAGAAUAUCCCCGGAGGGGUUGAUCCUGAGCCAUUAAAGACAGUCGAGAGAGUUUCCUGGUUACUUCUUGAUUGUUGGGAGCUUCAUUCUAGAGACGAUGCUAAAGGCAAAAGGGAAUCAUUGGCUCCCUGCUUGUACUGCAUUGUCCGAAUAGAGGCUCUUGCUUAGAAGAGGCAUCCUGAAGGCCUGGAAUCCUGAAGGCUGAGGAUGGGCUGCCUAGUCCGAGGGGCAUUGGUGUGGCUACUACACCGAUAGCUGUUGGCACAAGAGGUCAUACGUGUUCCAAGCAUCUUGCGCCAAAAUGCAACAUGGGAUCAGCUCUUGCAGAUGUUGCCUUGACGAUUCCAGUCUGGUUUGUGAAGGGUGAUCCUUAGCCAAGUGUGUGUGUGGAUCUCUCUCUCUCUCUUAUGUUUCUGGUAGAAGCUGCCUUUCACCAUCCCAGAGCUGGUGCAGUCUUCUCCGUGCCGCAGCUCAGAUGGCGUGAUCUACACAGGGAAAAAGGAGGACUCCUGGUUUCUGGUGGAUCCGGCCUCAGGAGAGAAGCACAGCGUGCUGUCGCCACAGGCCUGGGAGGGGCUGCACCCCACAAGCCCCCUGCUGUUCAUCGGACGCAGCAAGUAUGUCAUCACCAUGUACGACACCAAGACCCGGGAGCUGCAGUGGAAUGCCACCUACCUGGACUACUCCGCUCCUGUCCGUGAGCGGGACUUGGACUAUAACUUGGCCCAUUUUGCCUCAAGCGGAGAUGGUUGGCUGGUGACGGUGGGCAAGGAGAGUGGAGAGGUGCUCUGGGUGCAGGACUAUGGAUCCCCCGUGGUGGGCGUCUACAGCUGGCACCAGGACAGCCUGCGUCGGGCACCCCACCUCAGCGUAGCCAUGGAGAGCCUGCGCUACCUCAUCCUGCAUGCUCAGAAGAUCCCCCUCCUCAACUGGACCUUUCGGACUGGCAAGGACUUUGCGGCCAAGACCCCUUUGCUCACAACCCUGUAUGUGGGCAAGCAUGCCGGGGGGUUCUACGCGUUGACAUCCUUGGUGCAUGAAGGCAUGGCCCUGGUGCCCCAGGGGGUGGCUCUGGCCCAGGGCAGCGGUCCCAUCACACGUGGGGUGACGCUCCAAAGGUCUGGUGAGUGCAAGAUCACACCCAGCACGGGCAUCCAGUACCCGCCGGGCACCAUCUUCCUCCCACACAGCCAGUGGCUACUGAUCGGUCAUCAUGAGAUGCCCCCGCUAGUCCACACCACCAUGCUGAGGGCCCCUCCCAGCAGCCUGCGGAGGAACCCAGAGGUUGCCGCACCACACAGCUCCCGUGCUCACAGCCUCUUCGGAGAGUUCCUGACCCCCGAGGGCCCGCAGGAGGAUCUGGCUGAGGGUCGGCCCUGCGGGGAUCAUGCCGGGAAGGAGGCCCCAGUGGAAGUGGAUCCCUCGUUUGGCAGCUGGGAGCUCGUGGUGGUGGGCGUGGCUUCCAUCUGUUGGGGCGGGGGGCUCCUCUGCCUCCUGCUCUGGAGGGCUCCUCUUGAGCGCAACUCCAGCCAGCCGCCGCCUGCAGCCUCUCCCCAGUUCCCAAGGACGACGCCUGAAGGGUCCCUGGAGCUGCACCAGGGGGCAGAGCUGCCCGCCCCCUCCGCCUCAGCGGAUGAAGCCCCCCUCCAGAGCCCUGAUCCAGAAGUGGUCACUGUGGGGAAGCUCUCCUUCAGACCCCAGGAGGUGCUGGGCCGGGGGGCCGGGGGCACCUUUGUGUUCCGAGGCCACUUCGAUGGGCGCGACGUGGCUGUGAAGCGUUUGCUUCCGGAAAGCGUCCGCUUGGUGGACCGGGAGGUGCAGCUGCUGCGAGAAUCGGACGCGCAUCCCAAUGUGGUGCGCUAUUUCUGCACAGAGGCCGAUGGGCAGUUCCACUACAUCGCCCUGGAGCUGUGCUCUGCCACCCUGCAGCAGUAUGUGGAGAGCUCCGUCUUCCCGGGAAAGGGCAUGGAUGCGCUCUCCCUGCUGACCCAGACCAUGUCCGGACUGGCCCAUCUGCACUCGCUCAGCAUAGCUCAUCGUGACCUGAAGCCCUGCAACAUCCUGAUCUCGGCCCCCGACGGGCAAGGGAGGGUCCGAGCGGUCAUCUCCGACUUUGGCCUGUGCAAGAAGCUGCAGAGGGGGCAUCAGAGCUUCAGCCUCGGCUCGGGCAUCCCUGGCACGGAGGGGUGGAUUGCGCCCGAGAUGCUCAGGGAGGACGCACAGGAGAGCCCAACCUGCGGGGUGGACAUCUUCUCCGCCGGCUGCAUCUUCUACUACGUCCUGUCCCGCGGGCAGCAUCCCUUUGGGCACAGCUUCCAUCGCCAGGCCAAUAUUCUGGCGGGCACCUACCAACUACUGAAGCUCCAGCAGGACACUCACAGCCACCUAGUAGGGCGGGACCUGAUAGAAGCCAUGAUCAGCAGUGACCCCCGCCUGCGCCCCUCGGCCGCACAGGUGCUCCAGCACCCCUUCUUCUGGGGCCCUGAGAAGCAGCUGCAGUUCUUCCAGGACGUCAGUGACCGCCUUGAAAAGGAGCCGGCAGACGGGCCCCUGGUCAGCACCCUGGAGGCCGGGAGCCUGGCGGUGGGGCGCGGGAACUGGCAGCUGCGCCUUUCUGCCCCACUGCAGGCAGACCUCAGGAAGUUCCGGAGAUACCAGGGCACCUCCGUCCGUGACCUGCUGCGCGCCAUGAGGAACAAGAAGCAUCACUACUACGAACUGCCCAGCAACGUCCAGGAGGCCCUGGGCAGCCUCCCCCACGGAUUCGUCCAGUACUUCCUGGACCGUUUUCCCUGCCUGCUGCUGCACACUCACCGGGCCAUGCGCCUGUGCGCUGCCGAGCGGCUCUUCCAGAGAUACUACUGCCAGGGGGAGUGAGCACCUUGCCACAAGAAAGGACGCUCGCCAGCCCCCGCCUUCCGACACCUGUCAGCCUGCCUGCCCUGCUCUGGAGGGGCCAACCAGCACAGGGCAUCCACGCCCCGUCUGCUCCCUGGGGAGAGGUGUUCGUGCGGGGCCCAAGCUAAUCCCUGGGGCUUCCGGGAGGCCUCAGGCAGAGGAGGAGCGGGAGGGGCGGGGUAGGUGGGGG